AUGGUGCUCGCUAAAUCGAAGAAGAGCGUCGGGCUGGGCAACAGCCUGAUGAACGAUAGGUUCGGCAAGGGCAAGGGCGCGGACAUGCGCAGAGGCGCCUUUCAGCAGGGCAUCGAGCGGACAGGCCAGAAUGGCGAGAAGUACAUCACCAACGAGAAGAAGGAGGCAUCAUGGGUGAAGAUGCGCUCCGUCACAGAACAGGGUGCUCUCGAUGACUUCCUUUCCACGGCCGAACUGGCUGGCACCGACUUCACUGCAGAGAAGAUGAACAACGUCAAGAUCAUACACAAGGACCAGAAGAACCCAUACUUGCUGUCUGCCACAGAAGAGCGCAAUGUCAAGCGCAAGCACAAAGAAAACAAGAACCGCCUGACCGUCCCCCGACGACCAAAGUGGGACGAAAACACGACGCCACAGGAGUUGGACCAGGCCGAGAGGGAUUCACUACUGCUGUGGAGGCGAGGCCUCGCUGAGCUGCAAGAGAACAACGACCUGCUCAUGACACCUUUCGAGCGCAAUCUCGAGGUCUGGAGGCAGCUGUGGCGAGUUAUCGAGCGUUCGGAUUUGGUAGUGCAGAUUGUAGACGCGCGACACCCACUGCUAUUCCGAUCAGAGGAUUUGGAAGAUUAUGUCAAAGAGGUGGACUCCAAGAAGAACAACCUGUUGUUGAUCAACAAGGCCGACAUGAUGACGCUGAAUCAGCGACAGGCAUGGGCCGACUACUUCACUGAGGCUGGGAUCAACUACAAGUUCUUCUCCGCUGAGCUGGCGAAGGAGAUGAACGAGGCCCGCGCGCUCGAAGACGAGAGCGAGGAAGAGUCGGACGAUUACGAAGAUGAAGACGAUGUCGAGGAGGUCGAUGAGGAGGGUGAUGACUUGGCGAAGGAGGCGAAGAAGAUCGACUUACAGGACAAGCAGGAGGAGGACGCGAAGUGGGUCGACGAGGAAGCAGUUGACGUACCAGCAUCAGAGGAAGACGAGCGAACACGGAUAUUAACCACCGAAGAUCUUGAGUCUCUCUUCCUUGAGCACGCCCCAGAUGUUGACACCGGACCCGGUGGCGAAAAGCGCAAGACGUCCAUCGGUCUAGUUGGUUAUCCCAACGUCGGAAAGUCGUCCACGAUCAACGCACUCAUCGGCGCAAAGAAAGUGUCAGUCUCAGCAACACCCGGAAAGACGAAGCAUUUCCAGACCAUCCACCUGAGCGAAAAGGUCGUCCUUUGCGAUUGUCCUGGUCUCGUCUUCCCCAACUUCGCAACCACCAAAGCCGAGCUCGUCUGCGCCGGCGUCCUCCCCAUCGACCAACUGCGCGAGUACACCGGCCCAGCCGGCCUCGUCGCGCAGCGCAUCCCCCAACCCUUCCUUGAAGCUCUCUACGGGAUGAAGAUGCACAUCCGCCCCCAAGAAGAAGGCGGAACCGGCAUCCCCACCUCCGACGAGGUCCUGCGCGCAUACGCCAUCGCCCGCGGCUUCUCAACCCAAGGUCUCGGCCAGCCUGACGAGUCGCGAGCAGCGCGAUAUGUCCUCAAGGACUACGUCAAGGGCAAACUCCUCUUCUGCCACCCCCCACCCGUCGAUCCGCCUAUCGAUCCUAAGGCUUUCAACCGAGAGCUCUACGACGAAAACCACCUGCCGGAGAAGCGCAGGCGUCAUCUCGCCGCGGCAGCAGACGAUGACGCUUCGCUCAUGGACGACGACCUCGACUUGCCUGCUGUCAACAGCGCGCCCAUGCGCGGCGAGAAGUCCAAGGGCCUGGACAAGAAGUUUUUCGGGCCGGGACAAGGUAUGGCGAAGCAGAACUUGCCGUUCCACCACAAGUACAGCGAGCAGGGCAAGGAGCUGAGUGGCCGGAAAUUAAAGCAGAUUACGGCACUAGAGAAGGAUGUGGAUAUGAGUGAGUUGCAGAACGGCAAGAAGCAUUUCAAGGCGAAUAAGAAGAGGGCGAAGAAGGUGAAGACGGAGUACGACUAA